GGAUUUCAAGACGCGCUCUCGGGCUGGCAGCCUCAGUGGGCAUUGGUCACCCAAGCCCCAAUCUACUUACUGAACCUGCGCGCGCCACAUAUGAUCCAUAUGCGUCCCUCAGUUCCCCCGAUCAGCUCCUUAGUUGAACCCACCCCGAUGCCAAGUUCAGAGGAUGACGACCUCGAACUUAAUCCCAAGUUGUCGCAGCAUGUCAAAGUUCCGGCCAAACGGAAGAAAAACACACUGCGAAGCGAUGGCCCAAGGCUACAGUUUGAGAACGGUCUGAACGGCAGCGGGAGCGUGCCGGCGAAGAAGAAACACAAGGUACAAACGAACGCAGAGGCUUCAGGCAGCGGCCCUGCGCGUCCAUACUCUCAUUCAUACUCUGCCUCUGUUCCGACCACAAACACGAAUACGAGUCCGCGUCGUCCACUCUCCCAUGACACUCCUCUUGAACCGUUAUCACCUCCGCGGGCCUCGGCGAAGACACAGCCGCAGACCUGCAUGUCGGACCCACCGAUCCCUCUUGCUGCGUCCAGUUCGAAAAUUCCCACCCAAAACUCGCUCUCCCAAUCGAAACUGACAUUUCGCAAUGACUCUGGAGCUCUCAUCCCCAAGUCCAGGUUCACUGCAACGCCGAAACCCAUUCCACUUCCGAAAAAAGGGCGCCGACGACCAAUGAGUAAUCCCCCUAGUCCCGAGCCCGAAGAAUCAUUCCCUAUGCCUUCGUUGACAGCGCCGGCUGGUUCAAGCCGCCGCGGGAUGUUUGACAGGGACGUGUUCCAGUCACGUUUCUCGGUCGGCGCUCCUCGGUCGGCGCCUGCGCCUCCAUCGACGAACACUGUGCAGAAAAAUAAGGUAGAAAGGCGAGCCCUGACAAUGGAGGUGAUCGAUCUCACCGGUCCCGAUGGAGACGACCCUGGUUCCAAGAAGGAUCUUCGCGCCGACUCCGAAGAACAGAUGGUCAUCGAAGUUACCGAUUCAGACGACGAGAAUAUGGUGAAACUCUCGCGCUUGGGAAACUCAAGUGUUGCUGGCUUGAAGACUGGCAAAGAGGAGUCGACAGAAAUUAUCGAGGUCAGUGAUGGCGAGGACGAGCAGCAAUUUGGGGUGGCGAAACCACUCCUUACGGAGGAUGAGCCGCUUCCCAUUUCCUUUGGUGAAGAUCAAAGCGAAUCCUUCCAGAAUAAUACACCGGUGGGCGAACGUGCCUCGGCACAACCUGGCGACGUCCCUCCGAAUUCGAGCGAGAGAGAGGAGCAUAAAGAACACGCCGAAGUUAGAACUGGGAAUAGCACUGGACCUGAAGCCAGACCUGAUUCUCCUAGGGUGGAAGAGCCUCUGGAACAGCAGGAUAACCUCUCUCCGACCGAGACUGAAACUGGCGAAGAUGUGAAUGAGACCAUCCGCAGGACAUCACUCACGUCAGACCCGGUCGAGUUGCGGAAGGAGUCGGGUACUCCCAGAUCGGAAGUCGCACAAGCACGGGAGAUCAAAGAGGAGUCUGAAACGGGGACGCUACUGGAACGCGAUGAACUAGGCCUAGCGCAAGAAAUCAUCGACUUGACGCUUUCUGAUGGAGAGAUGGCCGAAGAUGAGGAAGACAUGGGAGAGCGCAGUGAGAUCCUAGUUGAUAUGGACACGCAACAAGACCCACCAGAAGAACCCGGACUUGCCGUCCAAAUCGAACUGCAGCCUGGAUGUGAAUCGGUCCCAGAUGUACAAACUUCCGCCUCCUCAAUACCGAUUCUACCGAAACUACCUGCAAUCGGAUCGCAAAUUCCUGCGAAGGCGAAACAAAACUCCUUGCAUUUGAUGGAGAGGCUGAGGAUGGGCGGAAAUUGGAAAGGCAAGCAGAAGAAGAUAGAUGAUGAGAUGCUCGAGAAAGACCAGGAAACGCUUCAGCAGAAAGAGAUGGCUAUCGGCGAAACAGAGAAUGGAAACGAACAGGCCGAUGAGGACACGAGCACGAUCGAGCAAGUCAGGAUCCCCGAAAUCCUUGAAAAGGACUCCCUGGAGUGGAGACACGUGCGUCAACUCAGAAAACUUCGUGCUAUGGCCUCUGAGCUAGGCCGGCCCGCCAGUGCCUUGUCUUCAAGAGUGCGGCGGAGCUACGAUGACCAGGAGGUCUAUGAGCUGGAGUACGCUGGCCCAUCUGAGCCCGAGAUUGAACGUGACACGCGAUCUUCGUCGCCUGUACAUUCUUCUACUCGGACAUCCUCACCUGCGCGGUCGACUUCGCAGGUAGGAUGUCCUUCAACCCCUGAAUCAUCUUCGCCUGCAGGAUUUCCGUCUCUUCCUCGGUCUCCUUCACCUUACCCACCGCCAAGAACGUACCAGCCUGUGUUUGAUCCGGAUGUCCGAUAUGCCCGAGACUUGUCGAGUUCGAUGUACGAUUACUUCAACUCAUACGAUGACGACUUCCACACUGGCGCUCCCGGGCACAUGCGUCGGGUGCUAGAAGCAGUCAUCCGUGAUCACACUGCGCUGGACGAGCCCGAUGCGCCGCCCAUUAUGGUCAUCAACGACGUUGACUCAGAACCCGCUCCGCCGUGGGAAUUCUACUACACGAACCUGAUGUGGCUUGGGGACGGCAUCGAUGCGCCGCGCGCCGAAGAGGUGCCUGGCUGUGACUGCGUCGGCGGCUGUCAAUCUGGAACAGGGAGCAAAUGCGCGUGUCUGGCUCGGCAGCAGGAGGCAGCCAAGGACUGGGGCGUGUUUAAUGGUGGAUUUGCCUACGACUCCAAAGGGAAACUGCACAGAGUCGACAACAUCCCCAUAUUCGAGUGCAACUCAAACUGCAGUUGCUCUGCUGACGAAUGCAGAAACAGGGUUGUGCAACACGGUCGGAAGUAUCCCAUCAAUAUACAAAAGACAACCAACAAGGGAUGGGGUGUUUUUUCUCCCAAGAAAAUUCCGAGGGGGUCGUUCGUGGGUGUCUAUUCUGGGGAACUGCUCAAAGAAUCUGAAUGCGAGCGACGGGGACACGCCUAUGAUAUGUCCGGUCGCACCUAUCUGCUGGACAUCGACUUUUACAACGUUGUGCAAUAUCUCAAGAAGGAGCGGGGCAUUCCUGAGGAUGAUGACGAAGAUGUCAAGGAUCUUGGCGUCGAUGCCUAUCAUGUGGGGAAUGUGUGUGUCCCAUUUUUCCCUCCCUCUCUUUGUUCAGAUCGUCCACACAGUUUACUCGCUUUCUGAACAAUUCCUGCGACCCCAACUGCAAAGUGCUGGCAGUGUAUAUUGACCAACCUUACCCCCGGCCUUUGCUCACAUUGUUUACGACGCGAGAAGUACUGCCCGGGGAGGAGCUGUGUUUCUCGUAUGCCGGCGCAGAGAAUUCAGAGGACCAAGAGACAGAGCCAGGGAAGGGCCUGCACACCAUCAAGAAUGUGUGCUAUUGCGGCGCGGCAAGAUGCAAGGGAUACAUGUUCAAAUGCUAGCUCGUACUUUCUACACAAUGCCAUCAGGGGAAACACGCCCCUUUUAUCAGGUCGGCUGCCCUUUCGGCAAUGGCAAAGACUGCUGCUUGGGUAUGUGCACUCGGGAUAAACGGCUGCAAACGCUCUCAGCAAGGAUAUGUAUGACCAAGACACGACCCUUGCCAUCACACUCGCAUCGACUACUCUGACCCCGAACACAUCUUUCAGAAGCAGAUUAGAUGCGACAACUGAACCCAUCGCAGCGCCGCCGACGAGAUGGAAGGACGGGGUGGUCUUUUUGCGGAUGUGCGUUUCUAACUCGGACGUGGUCAGCACGAGGAGGUCCUCUGUCGGUUCGCCUAUUAUGUCGGCCCAGGCAGGUGCCGCAAAGAACUCGUAUGCCUUAUUGACGGCAGCACCCAAUAUCUGCACGUCGUGUGGAUCAGAGAGCAGUCCCAGGUCAACCACGGGGUCUGACAGCGGAUUCGACGAGGAGAGGCUAAUCUGUCCGCCUGCAAAAGCUCAACGUCAGUCAAAAACUCGUGAACCAUCUUACUCACGACUCGCAGGAGACACCGCCACCACUCCAGCCGUGAUAAAGUGCCCCGGCUUGGCCCCGAAGUCAGCUUGCCCCGGCUGACAGUGUCAGCGACGAUCAAAAUAAGCCAGAAGACGCACGGAAAAGAAGAGCUCGAUAUGCGGGGAAUCUGGGCCGGCAGUGGUAUCCUUGGUCUUGAGCGCAGGGGAGCCUGGGUCGAAUCUCAGCCACGCGAUGUGCGUCGGCCCAAAAGCAACGAACGGGCCCCUUCUGGUCUGAUUCCACUCCUUCAAUCCAAGUUGCCAUGCGGUCUGGUUCGACGCCAGAUCGUCAAGCGUGAAGUUGAAAUUGGCAUGGAAAGAAACAGGCAUGUAGGGCUGAUCUGUGAUAUUCUUCCCCACACUAGGGUUGUUGACAAGUACCGAGAUCCCAAGAGACGAUAGCUCAGAAGCGGGACCAAUGCCAGAGUAAAGCAGAAUCGAAGGCGUUCCGAUGGACCCCGCCGAAAGAAUGAUUUCCUUCUUUGCAGAGGCGGUAUAUCUUUCGUUGGCGAGCGUGAAGUCCACGCCCCGAAAGCCAGGUUUUCCGUUCGUUCGAUAAGGCUGCGAGAGGACGGUGGCACGUGCGCCGAUGAGCACAUGUAGAUUCUUCCUCCUUAGUGAGUCCAGGUACCCCGUGGCCGAGCUGCUUCGUUCCCCGCCACCAACACUUGACUGCAGGUAACCAAAUCCAAGCGGGACUCCCGAGUUCAUGUCCAGAUUGAAUGGGAAAUCGUUGAGAGAUCGGGCAACUUUGACUAUCAUGUCGGAGUAGACGGGCCAUUGGUAACCGUUCAGACUGAUUUUCACGCCGGUUCCUUGUUCCAGACCAGUUGCAUGGGUCCUGAUAUCAUGCACGUAGGGAUUAAACUCGCCGAUCGUUGAAUGGUUGUCGGCCGGGGCAGUCCAGCGUUCGCUCUGUCCGUCCGGUCAAUGCAUCGUUCAUCGCUUCCUCGUCACGCACCUUGAGAAAAUAAGGAAACAUCGCGUUCCACGACCAUCCUCCGUCACCCGUAACGCUGGCAUACCGAUCCCAGUCGUCCCGCGAACCACGCGUCCAAAACAUUCCAUUGUGCGAGCUGCAACCUCCGACCAAGUGGGCCCUGAAGUAUUCAAGAGUCCUGUUCUGCAAUCCCCUUUGAGGAGUUGUUGUAUAGUCUUUGAGGUCGUCAGAUCCAAUCAAGGACCGAUUUCAAUGGGGAAAUGCAUACUCCAACUGUAAGGACCCGUUCCGAGCAGAUCACCGACAAGAUAUGGCACCUGGGCUGCUAGCACACCCCGAUGACUAGAUCCUACUGUUAACAGAUGGACACAGGGUUAGGGAGACGAUGCGAUACGCACGAGACCCCAGCUUCCAGAACCAGCACCGACACGCCCGGCUGCUCAGUCAGACGGUUGGCGAUGACAAGCCCGGCGGUACCUCC